AUGAAUACAUCACAAAUAAGUGAAGUUUUAGAAAUUUUCUACAACAAUGCUGACGCUAGAAUACGUGAUAAAAUAUUCAUGGGAACACCGUACAUCUUAAUAUCAAUUUAUCUAUUCUAUGUGCUGUUUACUGCAAAUUUUUUACCAAAGUUCAUGGAGAACCGAAAGCCAUUGAACUACGACGUGUUAAUGUCUAGCCUUGAUGCAAUAUUGUGCGUAGUUGCGUCCUAUUUCUUUCUUCAUGCACUAGUUGGAUGGAUGUAUUUCUACAAUUGGACAUGUCAACCGAUUGAUCGAUCAGACAUUUGGCUAUCAAACAAUGAACUGAGAUUGACACAUGCAUUUUUAGUGUCAAAGUUUUUGUACAUCCUACAAAGUAUUGUGCUUGUUAUUUGCAAAAAAGAUUCACCAUUUGCAGCAUAUCUUUUAUAUCAUCACACGUUAUUUCCCAUAAUGCUGUGGUUUGGCAUUAAUUUUUAUCCUGGAGGACAUGCCACGUUUGUAGGAUUGAUCAACUCUUUCGUACAUGUGAAUACCACUGUGAUGAGAUUUAUGGCAAUCAAAUUUCCCAAAAGUGGAUUUAGAACUUAUCAGCGAUUAAUUCAUGUUUGCUUGAAUGUAUUUCAAUACAUUGCCGUAUUUUGUCAUUCGUCGCUUUUAUUCUUCCUACAUGAUUGUGAGGUGCCAAAAAUUUUGGGAGCUUAUGAAAUUGUUUGUGCUACCAUUAUUGCUGUGUUCUAUAAAAAGUUUGUGAUAAAUGCCAAAAAUAACAGAAGUGUUGUAAAACAGUUUGAUGAUAAUGAAAAAUUUUAAUAAAAA